AACUCGUGAAACUACAGUGACUUACGACUGUGAUUAUACUGCUUUACCGCAUUUCUUUCGACACUAAUGAGGGCUAUAUCGUUCGUUUUACGACGUGUUGGGGUUGAACGUUUUAGAAGAAUACCCGCAGUCGUAGAAGAACAAGCAAUGUAUUCUACUGAAUCAACUUGUCCCAAAGUUUCUCUUUCCAACGGACUGAAAAUUCCAAUUAUUGGAUUGGGAACAUCACAUCAUGGCGGUUAUUCUCAUGACGCCGUAUUGUACGCGCUCCGCGAGUGUGGCGUGCGGCACAUCGACACGGCGAAGCGAUACGGCUGUGAGGAGCAACUUGGUAAAGCUGUGAGGGAGAGCGGAAUACUGCGUGAGGACUUGUGGCUCACCACCAAAUUGUGGCCGGGAGAAUACGGUUUUAACACGGCUAAACAGGCCUGCCGCGACUCCUGUUCUCGUCUGGGGGUGGAAUACCUCGACUUGUACCUGAUGCACUGGCCAGACGCCAUGGUACCUGGAAGGUCCAACAGGGAGGUCCGGGCGGAGACCUGGAGGGCCUUGGAGGAGCUGUACGAUGAAGGCGUGUGCCGGGCCAUUGGCGUGAGCAACUUCCUCGUGUCCCACCUGGAGGAGCUCAAGGAGGACUGUGGCGUUGUGCCUCACGUCAACCAGGUGGAGUACCACCCGUUCCAGCAGCCAGGGGAGCUGCUGGCGUACUGCCGCCGGGAGGGCAUCGUGUUCGAGGGCUACUGCCCCCUUGCCAAGGGCCAGGCCCUCAGCCACCCCGUCAUCCUCCAGAUGGCUCAGAAGUACGGCCGCACGCCCUCUCAGAUCUGCAUCCGCUGGAGCAUACAGAACAGAGUUGUUACCAUUCCCAAGUCCACCAAAAAGGAAAGGAUUCUGGAAAACUGUCAGGUCUUUGGGUUCUCUCUCUCCAGUGAGGAUGUGGAUCACAUCAGGAGACUUCACAGUGACCUGAAGCUCGUUCAUCUCAGCUACCCGCUGUGGAAAGGAUAGACGUCACCUAACAACGCAGAGAUUUUGGCAAAUUACAUCGGCACAACUAGAUGGUGAAUAGGAAAUAUGACACAGGCGCUUCACCCAGAAUUUUGAAACCCAAGUUUCUGCCAAAUGCAUCCAAGUGCCUUACCCCCAUUCUCCUAGUUAACGUGACAGGCAGAAUGGUACUGACAUUGAUUUACACAAUCAUUAGUAAAACUUAGGCGGAAUUGUACUGACUUAAAUAAUCAGUAGUUAAUAUUAGCCAUAAUGGUAAUGACACUUAUUUAGAUAACAUGGGGCUGGUGUGCUCCAAGCUGCUUUGAUCAGUCAGAAACAAACUAAUGUUCAUUGGAAAUGUGGAGGUGAAUGAUUACAAUGUAAUUGACUGGUUGCCUGGCUAGCCAAUGUACUCAUCGCUUCUGGCCCACUGACAUUUCUUGACCACAUUCGGGGUGGGUUUUCCUCCAUCCCUGAACAUUUCUAGAAUGCAAACACAUUCUGUUCUGAUUGGUCGUCUAGAAAGUGACAGGCUGGGCUAGAGCUGGCUUAAGGGAAGUUGUUAUAUUAAUACUCUGACUGGUUGAAUUGUUACACCACUCAGUUUUAAGUUACAUAAAUUACUUCUGGGGUGUUUGAGGAAAUGUAACAGUCGAUAGUGAAGCAUCAGCAGGAAUAAAUUUUGUCUUGCUGCAAAAUGUUCUGACAUAACAAUAGAAACACUGAAUCAGAUCAAGUUUGACAUUAUGUACAAAAGUGAAUUCCUUGAGGAUAUUAAUUAUCCUAUCAUGAUGUGGGUUAUAGGGUAACAUUUCCUUCAAAGACUUAAGGAUUAAAUAUAUGUGGUGGAGUUUCUCAAAUGACCCGCGGUUCGUUUUGUAAAUUUUUUAGGCCAAAGUUGAUUUACUGUUUAACGCAUGUUAAAAAAAAAAAAAAAA